GAUGAUGAUGAUGAUGAUGAUGAUGAUGAUGAUGAUGAUGAUGAUGAUGAUGAUGAUGAUGAUGAUGAUGAUGAUGAUGAUGAUGAUGAUGAUGAGGAUGAUGAUGAUGAUGAUGAUGAUGAUGAUGAUGAUGAUGAUGAUGAUGAUGAUGAUGAUGAUGAUGAUGAUGAUGAUGAUGAUGAUGAUGAUGAUGAUGAUGAUGAUGAUGAUGAUGAUGAUGAUGAUGAUGAUGAUGAUGAUGAUGAUGAUGAUGAUGAUGAUGAUGAUGAUGAUGAUGAUGAUGAUGAUGAUGAUGAUGAUGAUGAUGAUGAUGAUGAUGAUGAUGAUGAUGAUGAUGAUGAUGAUGAUGAUGAUGAUGAUGAUGAUGAUGAUGAUGAUGAUGAUGAUGAUGAUGAUGAUGAUGAUGAUGAUGAUGAUGAUGAUGAUGAUGAUGAUGAUGAUGAUGAUGAUGAUGAUGAUGAUGAUGAUGAUGAUGAUGAUGAUGAUGAUGAUGAUGAUGAUGAUGAUGAUGAUGAUGAUGAUGAUGAUGAUGAUGAUGAUGAUGAUGAUGAUGAUGAUGAUGAUGAUGAUGAUGAUGAUGAUGAUGAUGAUGAUGAUGAUGAUGAUGAUGAUGAUGAUGAUGAUGAUGAUGAUGAUGAUGAUGAUGAUGAUGAUGAUGAUGAUGAUGAUGAUGAUGAUGAUGAUGAUGAUGAUGAUGAUGAUGAUGAUGAUGAUGAUGAUGAUGAUGAUGAUGAUGAUGAUGAUGAUGAUGAUGAUGAUGAUGAUGAUGAUGAUGAUGAUGAUGAUGAUGAUGAUGAUGAUGAUGAUGAUGAUGAUGAUGAUGAUGAUGAUGAUGAUGAUGAUGAUGAUGAUGAUGAUGAGAUGUGAUGAUGAUGAUGAUGAUGAUGAUGAUGAUGAUGAUGAUGAUGAUGAUGAUGAUGAUGAUGAUGAUGAUGAUGAUGAUGAUGAUGAUGAUGAUGAUGAUGAUGAUGAUGAUGAUGAUGAUGAUGAUGAUGAUGAUGAUGAUGAUGAUGAUGAUGAUGAUGAUGAUGAUGAUGAUGAUGAUGAUGAUGAUGAUGAUGAUGAUGAUGAUGAUGAUGAUGAUGAUGAUGAUGAUGAUGAUGAUGAUGAUGAUGAUGAUGAUGAUGAUGAUGAUGAUGAUGAUGAUGAUGAUGAUGAUGAUGAUGAUGAUGAUGAUGAUGAUGAUGAUGAUGAUGAUGAUGAUGAUGAUGAUGAUGAUGAUGAUGAUGAUGAUGAUGAUGAUGAUGAUGAUGAUGAUGAUGAUGAUGAUGAUGAUGAUGAUGAUGAUGAUGAUGAUGAUGAUGAUGAUGAUGAUGAUGAUGAUGAUGAUGAUGAUGAUGAUGAUGAUGAUGAUGAUGAUGAUGAUGAUGAUGAUGAUGAUGAUGAUGAUGAUGAUGAUGAUGAUGAUGAUGAUGAUGAUGAUGAUGAUGAUGAUGAUGAUGAUGAUGAUGAUGAUGAUGAUGAUGAUGAUGAUGAUGACUGA